UAGUGGUACACAUGAGAACUCACACAGGUGAAAAGCCAUAUUCUUGUAAACAGUGUGGGAAGAGUUUCUCUAAAAAGUCCAGCUUAUUGAAACACAUAAGCACUCACAUAGGUGAGAAUCCCUAUUCUUGCAAGCAAUGUGGGCUGAAUUGCUUUCAUAAGAGUACCUUAUUGAUACACAUGAGAACUCACACAGGUGAAAAGCCAUAUUCUUGUAAACAGUGUGGGAAGAGU